AUCGAUGAAUUGAAGAAGUUUCUGAGGAGGAACAAGACAACUGUUUUUCUAUGCCAGAGGAAUACUUGUUGGAUGUGCUGAGGCUGGAAUAACAACGUUUCUGAAGAGAUGAAGAGGGCAAAGUCAAAAUAUCGGGGAAUAUACAAAGUCCACCAGGGAACUGGAAGUCCAUGAACAUCUUUUCAGUGUUAGAGAUGGAAUUUUAGAAGUGGCUGAUGAUGACUCACCAUUGAAAACCGUUAUCAGGAUAAACGCUGCAGAUCUGAAACCAAGCAAUUCUGUUGAUAUUUCUGAUUAAAAUAAAAACAGGGACAAAUUGGGACAGAAAAAAAUCUGAUCGAGACUCUGAAAAAAUUGAUUUCACAGCAAGAGAUAACUCAAAGAAUGUAGAGUUGUCUAGUUAUGUUAAAGGCACGGAAGUGGAUCAUAGAAGAAAUAAAAAAUAAAGAAAGGGAUGUUGAGUUAUCUACAACUCCAAUUGAAAGCAGAGAAGAAGAAAAUACAGAAGAGAUAACAAACGGUGAUGUCCUCCCAGAAGCACAAGCGAUUUUGAAGGAGGAAAUUUUCCAGAAAAUCUUGCCUGAAAAAGAGAACUUACCAACUGUUAGCAUUCUUGAUUUUGCUGACCAGUUAGCGUAUUAUGCCUGUCACCAAAUUUACGUAACACCAAAGGCCUUCUUCAUCCUUGUCUUGGACAUGACUAAGAAGUUUGAAGAUGUUGUGAGUAAAGAGAAAGAUAACCAAGAAGGAUCAAUCUUCUCUGUGUGGACUUAUAGAGAUUACCUGAAGUAUUGGAUUAAUUCAAUUAAAACAUUUGGAGGCAAAAAAGCGCCAGUGUUUCUUGUUGUCACACAUACAGAAAGAAAAUCGACAGAUGAAAUCGAGAAGUACUUUGAAGACUUCUGGAAUGCUGUACCAGAAGAGGACAGAGAUUGGUUAAGUGAGUCUCUGAAUGAUCGGGAUUAUGCUGUGGGUCUGGUUGAACUAAACAGCAAUACAAAGAUAAAGUUGGAAUCAAUGAAAAAGUCCAUAGUUGAACUUUUUACAGAUGAGCUCAAAACACACACAGAAGUCCCGUCUUCGUGGGCUGUGAUGGAACAGCUAUUGUUUGAAGGAGGCUGGAAGGUUUUGUCCCUUUCAGAAAUUUGGAGGCUUAAUUUAACCCUUCCUGUUGAAUACCAAAUUAAAAUUGAUGAGGAAAUGUCUACGUUUUUAAAGUGUUUCCAUGACAAUGGUCUCCUUUUGUAUUUUCUCGAUUCGGAAUUGAGGGAAUAUGCAGUACUGGACAUUCAGUGGUUUGCUAAAGCUUUCAGUAAAAUUAUUGCUGAUGAAAGCCAUAUUAAUAAAGACUGCAAAACAAGAUACAUAACAACAUGGAAAUCCUUCAACAAAACAGGGGAACUUAAAGAUAAAGUGAUAGAUGCUCUAUGGAAAGAUGAACCCUCGUACCUGCAACACAAAAGUGAAAUUAUGUCUUACAUGGAGAAACUUCAAAUGUUGGUACCUUUGGAGUCUUUUGAGGCUGUAUCAGAGGGCGACAUGUCAUGGUAUGUCCCGUGUAUGAACAAAAAGCAAUUUAAAGCCGACUUUAGUGAAGAAAAAUGGGAAUCCUCCUCCAUUUUAUGCUUUCGGUUCACUUCUUUUGCUAUGUUUGUGUUCUACAGACUGGUAGCAUACUGCAUGAGUUUUCUAAGAUGGAAUAUUUCGAAAGACGAAGACAAUGAAUUAAGUCUUUAUCAAACAGCAGCAGUGUUUGAUCACUGUGAACACACUGUUGUUAUAGGCAUAUCUAACGACGAUAUCCAGUUGCAAGUAUUGAGAAUCACACCACUGACUAUAUACAAUGAGGUUUCAAUUGAAAUUGGAGAAUCCAUUGAAAAAGCCAUAGAAAAACUGACAGAAACAUUUAUUGGCACAAAAGUAUUCCACAAAGGAUUCAAAUGUCAAAAUAUUAUUUGUAAUGAGGAAGAUCUAUCUUUCACCCUUGCAGGUGAUCUCUCUAAAAUUAAAGGUGAUAAAGAAAUACAGUGCAAAUGUCGACUUCAGAAGAAACACGUGAUCAAUAUACAAAAGACUUUGAGUUUCUGGGAAAAGACGAAAAUGAGUGUUUCUCGAUCUCCAGUGGCCUCUGGUGGGCAUGACCUUGAGGGACGAUCUAGAUUUGCAAAACUUGGAAUGGCAACCACUGAUGUGUUAAACCAGGCAUACAGAGAUAUACUAGAGAUGGAAGUGCCUCCAUCCGAUAUUGAAAAGAAAGCUAAAGCAUCACCAGUUUACAAAAGAUUGCGCCCAGAGCAAGAACAACUCUUGCUAGAUGCAAGGCUUUCAGGAUAUAAAAACUUUGAUAUUUCUUUAACAUACGCAUUAAUCCGAAACAUUUGUUCAAGAAUCCCUAAGCCAACAAAAGGAAAAUGGGGAGAAGAGCCAGCAGCAGGAGAGGUGACAGUGGGCGAUGAUAUCGAGAGAAUAAGGUCCAUCCGAAACAGCUUGACUGCACAUAUGAGUUCAGCCUCCACCCCUCAGACAGAAUUCGAUGACACCUGGACGACGAUGUCUGAUAUCUGCCAAAGAAUGGAAACCUUCACUGGGAAGAAAUACUUCGAUACCCUGAAUAGCAUUUAUAAACUGACUUUAAAAGAAGAAGGUGAAGAUGCAAUUAAAGCUAUCAUAGAAAAGUUUGUCAAGGAUCAACACAGACAACAUGAACUGUUAAGGACAUCCUUGUCAGAUGUUCAAGAAUUAAAGUCUAUAAUGAUGGCAUUAAAACGAAAUUGAAGACUGGAGGCAUGUUUUAAGAAAUAAUGAUUUUCACUCAGAGAAUGUUUGCAGGACUAGUAAAUAAUAUUUAUAACACCUGUUGAUCCCUAAGCCAACAAAGGAGGAUGGGGAGAAGGGGUGACAGUGGGUGAUGAUAUCGAGAGAAAUAGAUUAAUAGGAGCACGUGAGCUCAGACUCUACCCCUCAGACAAAAUUUAAUAACACUUGGUCGCUGAUCUCUGAUAUCUGCCUUGAACCCUUCAUUGCGAAGAAAUACAUGAAUAACCUUAAUAGCAUUUAUAAACUAACUUUAAAAGAUGAAGACGCUACUUCAGAGAUCAUAGAAAAGGUUUACAAGGAACAACAUGUUAUGUUGAAGAAUGUCAUGUCAAAUAUGCAAGAAUUUAUGUCAGAUAUGCGAGAAGUUGUCGAAUGUCUUACCCCGGUAUUCAGGUUAUAAAUUGAAAUAUCGAAUCCUGCCAAUAACCUUAUGAAGAUUCGUUAAUGCUGGAUAUAUUUUAUGAUACUUCUAUUGAUUCGAUACGCAAGAGCAUGCUCUACGUAUGAACAAUUUCUUAAACGAGGUAAAUUAUUGACAAGCAAGUUGAUGAAACAAGAAUAUCAACAGUCUCGUUUAAAGUCAUCAUUUCGUAAAUUUUAUGGUCGAUACAAUGACCUUGUCAGCAAAUACAAUUUAUCAUUGAAUGAAAUGCUGACUGACGUUUUUCAUACCAAUUGUUAGUCCAUUAUUUAUACACUGAAUUGACUACGGAUUUUUUCCGUUAUUUCCUGAUUAUGACAAUGAGCACACGGCGGGUGUGACCGGUCAGCAGGGGAUGCUCACUCCUCCAUGGCACCUGAUCCCACCUCUGAUGUUUCGGAGGUCCGUGUUUGCUCUGCUCUUGUUUUGUAUAUUUGUUUAAUGGACGUUGAGAUUGAAUACUGUUCGUUAUUUCCAUAUCCUUAUUCUAU